CCCUCCUAUGGCCUCCGCAAGUUUGCUGCCUGGAGCCGCAAAGUUUCCUGGCACCAGCAAAGUGGCGGAGCCCACGGCGCGCGACGCAACAUGCCCAAUGAGCAGCCGUCGAUCCUGUCACACUCUAUGGAUGUGCCACUGCAGCCGCGUUCCACCCUUUCAUUCUUUUUUCGCUUUGCCGCCGCUUCACCAAGGUGCGCGCUUCGAACGGCUUCCGCACGUGGAUUUCAACGUGGCCCCCAGCACUGAGCUUGACACAUUCAUCGGACAACACGAGAACGGCGAAGACUGGUCGGCCGCACGGCAAUGACGGCGUUGGUCAUUUUUACAAGGGAAAUAGGUACGGCCCAGGUAGUUUUUGGCUCCUUAGCUGCUUGCUGUUUUUCGCUCUGGCAAAAGAUGGCGAGCUGUCUCUUAUUGGUUGCCUUUUCGUUUUCUUUUGCUUUUUUAUUUUUAUUUUUUUUCCUAUUUGUAGUGUACGCAUAAAGUUGGAUUGAGAUAUACAAAUAGCAGGUCGGCGCCUUCAGACAAAAGAAAAACCAACGAACGCUGUAGCGCAG